UGCAGGAGGAAGUGACUUAAAUUUCUCCGCCAGACUCGGAAACUCCGCUCAUUCUUCUCCGCGGAACGAGGGAAACAGACCGGGCUCAGCUCAAGUUCAGCUGCUUUUACCUCUCUAACCCCUCAGCUAAUCAUCCAGCAGCCUCCUUUCUUCUGUUAUUGGAGAUUUCAGCUUUAAUUUAGACCUGCAAUGUUUCCAGAGUCGCUUUCAGGGUACGGCUAUGAGGAGUGCAAGGCGACCGCUGACUGGCUCCUGGAUCAGGCUCCAGUGCGCCCCCUUGUGGGCAUCGUGUGCGGCUCAGGCCUGGGGGGCUUGGCUGACAUGCUGAAGGAUCAGAAGAUUUUCAACUACGGCGAUAUCCCCAACUUCCCCAAGAGCACAGUGCAUGGUCAUGCUGGCCGGUUGGUGUUUGGCACUCUUAAAGGAAAGCCGUGUGUUUGCAUGCAGGGAAGGUUCCACCUGUAUGAAGGAUAUCCCAUCCAAAAGAUCACCAUGCCCAUGCGCAUCUUUAAGCUGAUGGGCGUCAAGACGGUCAUCUUGACGAAUGCUGCGGGCGGACUGAACCAGGACUACAAAGUUGGAGAUGUCAUGAUCAUCAAAGAUCACAUCAACAUGCCAGGGUUUGCUGGAAUCAAUCCCUUGUCUGGACCUAAUGAGGAGAGUUUCGGCACUCGUUUUCCAUGCAUGUCGGAUGCGUAUGACAGGAAGCUGCAGCAGCUUGCUCAGGAGGUGGGGGCGGAGCUUGGCUACUCUGACUUCCUCAGGGAGGGCGUGUAUUGUGUGCUGGGAGGGCCGUCCUUCGAGACCAUCGCUGAGUGCAGAAUGCUUACCCGCUUAGGCGCUGAUGCUGUUGGCAUGAGCACAGUCCACGAGGUGAUAGUGGCUCGUCACUGUGGAAUGCAGGUCUUUGCUCUUUCCCUGAUCACCAACCAGGCCGUGAUGGACUACGACAGCCACGAGAAGGCCAAUCACGAGGAGGUCCUGCAGACCGGAGAGCAGAGGUCCCUGCAGCUGGUCAAGCUGGUGUCCACAAUGGUGGCUCGCCUUGACGUGGCUAGCGACUACACAAAUGGCGAGGCACAUCAUUGUUAGCACUGUGCUGCACCGAAAAAAAAAAAAAUAUAUAUAUAUAUAUAUAUAUAUAUAGAUCAGAGUAGAAGGCCCAUUGGGAUAGAACGACCAGCACGUUGCACUGCUAGCCACUUGCACUCCAGCCAAGCUUUCAGUCGCCCUUAUGAAGAAUCAUUAGAACCGUUUAUGUUGGGUGCUUACACUCUGGAUCUUGCUUAUACUGUAUUUCUGAAUGUUUACAUUCCUGAGGGAAACUAUGUUCUGAAGAACGUUUAUUUAAUGUAAUGUAAUGUAACGUAAUGUUCUAAAGCAGCCGCCCCAAAGCCAGCACAGUCACAGUAAUGGACACUGUAACGUCUAUAGAAAGAAAAGUACAAUUGUUACAAUCUGUUAUUAUCUAAACAGAUCCUUUGAAUGAUUACCCCUUACAUUAUUUAUUAAAUGUAUUAAUCGUCUCACCUGUUCCAAAUGUAACUUAAAAGAGCAAAAAAGUGAAAACUUUUAAAAAGUUAAUGUAAGACGUGCAUUGUUAAAGAUGUAAACCUUCUAAUUUUAUUUAUUUAUUGUUUUUAUUUUUUUAAGUCAUAAGUCUUAAGUCCACAAUUGGAUAUCUACCAGUAAUGUUCAUUCUCUUUAAGAACUAUUUAAGUAGUUUAUUUAUGUUGUUUUAGACAGGGUACGUUCUUUGAGUGUUUUUACAGAGAUGUAUUUUAUGUCUGAUGCUUAAUUAAUAAUAAGAGGUGUAUAACAUGAGAAGAACGAGGUUGUGGGGUUAUAUAUUUCCUGCUAAUUCACAAAAAAUAUGAAGAUAUUAAAAAUCAGAUUAAAGUGAA